AUGACAUCCAAGACAGCAACCCUCUUCCUCCUCCUCCACACCCUCCUCACCCUCCUAACAACGCACCUCCUAACCACCUUCACCUCCUCAACAACAAAAUACGACACCCUGCCCCCCUCCCUCCUAAAAAUCUUCUCCCUCUCCAUCCACCUCCGCAACUCCGUUCCCCUCUUCCUCUUCCUGCGUCUCUUCCAAUACUGUCUCCAAAAACCAAGUCGUGUCACAUUUAAACGGCAUGUUCUCAGCGCCGUGGUGAUCGCGCCGCUGCUGGCGGGUUUGGUUGGGCAGUGGAUGGGGAUGGGCUCGGGGGGCGUAGAGCGCGCGAUGGCGUGUUAUGAGCAAGCGGCUGAUCUGGGGGAUCGGGCGGUCAUUGGGAAAGGCGUGUAUUGUGGGUGGCGGUUUGGGGUUUCGAGGGGCCAAGCGGAGAGGGGGGUGGGUGUGGGGAGGGAACGGGGUACGUAUGCGGUGGAGAUGGCGAGGGUGUGUUAUGAGGGGCUCAGGGAUGUAGGGGAGUUUGUUGGGGGGAUUGAGGGGGUGUGUUACAUGGGCCCUCCAAGCUCCAGAACUGACGAGUUCAACCUCGAAGAAUCCCGCAACAGCGAGCAUGAGUAUCUACGUCGGGCGUUUGAGGAGUGUUAUGCUAGAUUCGGACUGGAGGUCAUGAUGGAAUGGCGCGAUGGGAUGCCUGUUACCAGGUUAAAGUUGCCUGAUAAGAAUGGGUUGAAGGAUGGUGGGAAGUGGGUGGAUAUUAGGGGUGAUGGGGAUGAGAGGUUGAUGAUGUAG